UCCCACAAUAGCCCUGCUUUCAUCUGUACCACGUUUAACAUGAUGCCAUCCAAGACUCCACCUUCCAUCGUCUUAGCAGUAUAAAGAAGGUAGAAACUUCAUCUCUCUCUCGCUCUCUCUCUUUCUCUCUCUCCCUUUCACCAUCUCUUUAUUUAAGCAAGCCUUUAGAUCUGUGGGCUGCUCCGACACAGGAGCUAAUCUUCAGGGCUGAACAUCACAAUCUGUGAAGCAGCAGGGAAAAUCAAAGCAGCGAUGGCGUCAGCCGGCCUGGAGAUUUUAGGGAUAAUUCUGACAGUAGCGGGCUGGCUGGGCGUUAUGGUCGCCUGCUGCUUGCCCAUGUGGAGAGUUGCAGCGUACAUAGGCCAGAACAUCGUAAUAACUCAGAUCGUGUGGGAAGGUUUGUGGAUGAGCUGCGUGGUGCAGAGCACCGGACAGAUGCACUGCCGCGUCUACGACUCCAUGCUGGGACUUCCGGAUGACCUGCAAGCCGCUCGCGCGCUCUGCGUCGUAAGUACGCUGCUCGGUGUGGUGGGCAUGGCCCUGGCAGUAGCUGGGGCAAAAUGCACCAACUGCACUUCGGACACAGCAAGCAAGCCACGCAUCAUUAUGGCGUCCGGAGGGACGUUUGUGACCUGCGGACUGCUGUUGUUAGUGGCCGUGUGCUGGACCGCCAACGGCAUCGUCAUGGAUUUUCACAACCCGCUCCUGGAGGAGACGCAAAAGAGAGAAUUUGGAAAUUCGCUGUACUUCGGAUGGGGCGCUUCUUGCUUGUUGAUCCUAGGGGGAGCCAUUUUGUCUUGUUCCUGUUCUUCGAAAGCACGAAACCACGCUACGCCGACAAGGGCAGAGUACUCGGGGGUCAAAUCUCAAAUCUCAGUGAAUGCAUAUGACAGAAAAGACUACGUCUGAGGGGGUUUGAAUUUUUGCACACUGACAACCUCAUCAUCAACAACAACAAUAAUAAUAAGCAGUCAGAUGUCAAUAACAAUUUAUAAAUUCAUUCUUGAUCCCAAAUACUAAUUUAAAACCUGGAAAAAGAGCUAUAUGAAGACAAUUAAACUGA